UAUAAAUGAAAAUAGUCCUUUUAUCGUAUAAUUUAAUAAAUUUUAACUUAAAUCAUGACAGAAUUAAAAAUUGAACACGUUACUGUUAAAUCGGAAUUCGAUUUGUAUCCAGAAGUUGGACUUCAAUACGCAGAAUGCGAAAGUCACGAAAAAAUUGUUGUUGACACUGAAAAAGAAAGGCAUAAUAUCUUUAUUGCACGAGAAAAAGAGGUUUCCGAAGCAAAAAAGGAUGAUGGGAACCAAGAAUGUAAUAAUGACACACCAGGAGCCUCCAGAUAUCCAUGUCACAUUUGCGGAGCUACCUUCGACAAUAUUUCUAAAGUGGGCGACCACCUUAACACACAUGUGUGGACGGAACCAAACAUACCAGAGCAGCUAUACACCUGUGCCGUCUGUCCUGAGACCUAUCCUACUCCAGAACUUCUGGAAGAACACAAAAAAAAGCAUAAUAGCAACAGCUACACAUGCUACAUCUGCGAUGCAAAACUCAAAUCCUUUACCACUUUAAAAAUGCAUAUCGAUAAACACGCUGACAGUCCAAUUCAAUGUGAACAUUGCGACAAACAACUCACAUCGCAGUGGAGUUACUAUCAACAUAUGAAACUCCAUAAUAAUCAAAGCUUUCCAUGCUCGCUUUGUGGGAAACAAUUUACAGCUCGCAGCAAGCUAAAUAACCAUCUAAUCUCGCAUAGCAGUGUAAAACCAUAUGGUUGCAAGUUCUGCGAUAAGCGAUACUCGAGAGAGCAAGCAUUAAAAGUCCAUAUGAAAGUACAUACUGGACAGAAAAACUAUAAAUGUGACGUUUGUGAAAAAGCUUAUUACAAUACCUGGGAAUUGAGACGUCACAGGGAAAAUCAUGAUAAGGACAAAGAUAAGAAGCCUUUUCAAUGCUCGGAAUGCGAUUCUUCUUUUUGUACAAAGGGUCAACUGAAGUGUCACUACGAGGCUAUACACAGUACGGAGACUCCGUUCCCAUGUGACGCUUGCGAUCUUAAGUUUAAAAGCAAAAAGGCGUGGAAAUACCAUACGUUAACACAGCACACUACGAAAGAACCAUAUAAGUGCGAUAUAUGUAAUAAGGGUUUCGUGUUUAAGUAUGUUUUUGAUCGGCAUGUGAGAUUGCACUCGGGUGAGAGACCAUACCCUUGUGAGCAUUGUGAGAAAAGGUUUAAAUCUAAACCGAAUCUGAAAGUUCAUAUCGGUUAUUUUCACAAAGAUGUGUCGUGUAGUAAAUAAUAA